UCUGAAUUCAUUUCAUUAUUGAUAAAAUCAUGAUUUUAGGUACUUUUGUUGCGGUUAGGAUAUGUUCAGAUGUGUGAAAGUUGAUAAAUUUCUAAAUCUGAAGCUUUUAAGUGCUAAAAAACUGCUUCCUCUGUUCAGACUAAAAGUACCUAUUCGCUCCAAAUGACGGUAUUUGUUUCAAAAUUAUGUCCUUUGUUACCAAAUAGGCAAAUUAGAAAAAAAAGGAAUUUGUUUUUCUGAUUCAACUUCUCUUUUAAUCCAAAUGUAUGCCGAGCCAUCCUAUGUGCGACAAUCACUACUCCUGACCUAAACAAAUAAUUCUAGGUCUAAUGAUUGUUUUGUCGGAAAAUUUUCAAUUAGGCACGUGCGACAACAUAAAUUGAGUUAUUACCCGUGAUGACGUGAGUGUCUAUCAUAUUUACAACUCCUCCCCAUCAAUUGGAAUCAAUGAAUAAUUUAUGCGACAACUGUUACAGACUAGACGUUUUCGAGAUCCCUGUUGCGUUGACUGAAUUCCAAAGAAUGUUCAAAAGCAUAAUUAGAUGAAUUUAUUAUUUAAAAGAAUUUUUGUUGAACUGUUUUGUUUCCAGUUUUCAAAACGAUGAAAAUUCAUCAGUCACUAUUGACAUGGCUAACCGCGUAGAUAACUCCGAAGGACAGCACCCAAAGUCGGAAUCGAAUCCACCGCUGCGAUUUGAAUCCUUCACCAAGGUGAUCUACGUGAUCGAGAAGAUCAGUGGAAUCGUACCCUACGAUGAGCUCCAGCAGCCAAAGCAUUUUUGCAGUUCUGUUUUCACCUGGCUUUACUUCUGGGCAACGUACAUUCACCUCGUGCUGUCCAUUCUGAUGCAGUUUGCUUUUUUCGUGGAAUCCGUUCAGAAGAAAGUUCCGAUGACCUAUCUGAUGGUGAUGGUCACGUGUAUGGGAUUCCUGCUGGUUUCGAUCGUUAAAAUGAGUGUGUAUAAAUUAUACGAAAAUCAGCUGAACGAGAUUUUGGACCAGCUCAAGUCGCUCUAUCCGGAUCACGUCGAUGCCAAAUCGGCUGAAAAGUGUCGAAAGCGGUUGUGGUUCCUGAAACUGUUCUCAGUGGGAUACUUUGUGGUGGUUGUAGUAUUUCAAGCAAUUCUCUAUGUAACUUCUAUUUGGAAGUACUUCUCCACUGGAUACUGGGAAAAGUUGCUACCAUACAACCUAUGGUACUGGUACGAUUGGCGCCAACCUGUAGUCUUCGAGCUGACCUUCCUGCAUCAACUGUGGGGUUCGACAACUUCCGUGUCCUGCGUCAUCCUGCUCGACUCCCUGUACUGCAUCAUAAUCCUCCUGAUCUCGAUGCAAUUCGAACUGCUUGGAAAGCGACUGCUAGCGAACGAAGGGAACGCCCAGGAGUUGAACAGUUGCAUCGAGCAGCACCUGCAGUUAGUCGAGCUGUGUGAGCGAUUCGAGCGGAUCUACUCGCCCUCGCUGCUGGUCACAUUUCUGGGAAGUUCGGCCAUCAUCUGCUUCUCGCUGUUUGUGACGUUGAUUGUGGAUGACGCUGCGGAAUCGAUUCGAUUCUCGAUUCUACUGUCGGUCUACGUGAUGAACAUCUACUUGCUUUGCUACUACGGAAGCGUGCUUAUGGAGAAGGUGACUUCAACAUAGAAUCUGUAUGAUUUUAUAGC